UCACACACCUGCAGGAAGAGUAGGGGACCUGGUGGCAGUGCACUGAGGCAGUGUCUCACAGAGUGAGGCAGGCGACAUGGAAACCACCCCAAGUUCCACCACAGGUCCUCCAGCCAGAGAUGACUCCAUCCCCAUCAAUAACGCGGCUGAUAUCUCUGUGAUUGUGGUAUAUUUUGUGGUGGUGCUGGCUGUGGGAAUAUGGGCUAUGGUAAGGACAAGCCGUGGUACAGUAGGAGGCUUCUUUCUCGCAGGGCGCAGUAUGGUGUGGUGGCCGAUUGGAGCAUCUCUUUUUGCCAGUAACAUUGGAAGUGGCCACUUUGUUGGCCUGGCGGGCACAGCAGCUGCUGGUGGGAUUGUCAUUGGAGGCUUCGAAUGGAAUGCAUUGGUCAUUGUGGUCAUUCUUGGAUGGAUCUUUGUGCCAAUCUACGUGAAAGCUGGGGUAGUGACUAUGCCAGAGUACCUCCGAAAACGUUUUGGAGGAGAUCGGAUUCGAGUUUACCUCUCUGUUCUUUCCCUACUUCUUUAUGUUUUCACCAAGAUCUCUGCAGACAUGUUCUCAGGAGCCAUUUUCAUCCAACAAGCUAUGAGAAUCAAUAUCUAUAUAGCCAUUGUGAUGCUGCUAUUGAUCACAGCUUUGUACACUGUUACAGGUGGUCUGGCUGCUGUCAUUUACACAGAUACUCUACAAACCAUCAUCAUGCUGGUGGGAUCAUUUAUACUCAUGGGCUUUGCUUUCAAUAAAGUUGGCGGAUAUGAAGCAUUUAUGGAAAAAUAUAAGAUGGCUAUUCCUACCGAAGUAGAUGAUAAUGGCACUUUGAUUGAUCCAAAAUGCUAUACUCCACGAGAGGAUGCAUUCCACAUUUUCCGAGAUCCCAUAACCGGAGAUAUGCCAUGGCCUGGCCUCAUCUUUGGUCUCACCAUCCUGGCUCUUUGGUACUGGUGCACUGAUCAGGUAAUUGUUCAACGAUGUCUCUCUGCCAAGAACAUGUCCCAUGUGAAGGCUGGCUGUAUCCUGUGUGGAUAUCUUAAAUUGCUGCCCAUGUUUCUGAUGGUGUUUCCUGGAAUGAUCAGCCGCAUUUUGUACACAAAUGAAGUUGCUUGUGUGGUACCUUCUAAAUGUAAAUACUAUUGCGACACAGAAGUUGGUUGUACUAAUAUCGCUUAUCCAAAAAUGGUGAUUGAUUUGAUGCCAGAUGGACUUCGAGGUUUGAUGUUGUCAGUGAUGUUGGCGUCUCUUAUGAGUUCUUUAACAUCCAUCUUUAAUAGUGCUAGUACGCUAUUUACUAUGGACAUAUACACCAAGAUCCGUAAGAGGGCAUCAGAGAAGGAGCUGAUGAUAGUAGGCAGGGUCUUCAUGCUGUUCCUGAUUGGAGUGAGCAUUGCCUGGGUUCCUAUUCUGCAGUCUGCACAAAGUGGACAACUGUUUGAUUAUAUUCAGUCAAUCACUAGUUACUUAGGACCACCCAUCGCCUCUGUCUUCUUUUUGGCUAUCUUCGUGAAGAGAGUUAAUGAGCCGGGAGCCUUCUGGGGAUUAAUAAUUGGACUAUUAAUUGGUCUGUCACGGAUGAUCGCUGAAUUUGCUUAUGGCACUGGAAGUUGUGUGAAGCCCAGCAACUGCCCAAAAAUCAUUUGCGGUGUGCAUUAUCUAUAUUUUGCAAUGAUCCUCUUUACAGCAACCACUAUCAUUGUAUUGGCUGUGUCCUUCAUGACUAAGCCCAUCCCUGACAUACAUCUUCACCGCCUGUGUUGGUCCUUGAGAAAUAGCAAAGAGGAUAGAGAAGACUUGGAUGCUAAUGAUUGGGUUAAUGAAGAGGUUGAUGAAGAUGACUUUGAGGAAGUCAAAAAACAGAAUUUCUUUAAGAAAGCCUACAACUGGUUCUGCGGUUUCGACACCACGAAAGCACCAAAACUUAGCGAAGAAGAGAAGGCGGCCUUGGAAUCCAAGAUGACAGACACCUCAGAAAAGCCCCUCUGGAGGAAUGUGGUCAAUAUCAACGCCAUCAUCCUGCUGGCUGUGGCUGUUUUCUGCCAUGGGUACUUUGCUUAGAUGUGAUGCGUUAUUAACAGACAUUGUUGAUGCCAUCCAAUUCCACCUCAGAUCAAAGAUUAGAUGGUUAAUUCUGUGACAUGCUUUAUUCAUGUGAGAGCACUUGUAAAAAGAAAGGAAAAUUGGACAUUCAAUUGAUUAACCUGUAGAAACUACCCUGUGGCUAACAGACCAAUAAACAUUAUAACAUCACGCAUCAGGGCAAAGAAGGAAAGGUCCUAGAAAUGAGCUGGUAAUGAACCAUAAGGAUUGCAUUGACCUGCAAUGCAUGGGUAAUGCAGAAUGACUGCAAUAGUUUGUGCUAUAAAUAUUGUCGGCAGGUGGAAAGAAUGGAUACCAUUAUGCCCUCUACUUUCUAGGUAGAAGAUUUAUUGUAUUUUAAUAAAUAAUACAACUAUUUCAAGAAAGAAUUUUAGAUCCUUGU